GAGUGGAGACAGAGGACGCUAGGCAAACCGAGAUCGUGAACACAAGCGGAAAGAGUCCUGUCAUUUGGUCAAGGAACCAAACGUGUGUUUUGCCGUGACACGCGGAGUCAGACAGGAAUGUGAAAUAAGGUAAUCUGUACGGACGUUCCAAAGGUUCAAUUGCUUCCCUCCGUUGGACUGGAUGCCCUUUAUCUUUUUGCCCAGCAUCCGUCCUUCCUUGACACAGGAGUCCAGCGAGUUUUUGUAUGGCGUAACAAGGGAGGGGUUUCGCCGUCUAUGGUUACAGUGGGCUUCGUGCCGCCUCUGAAUGGAAUCGAGCUGUGUCCAGUCAGCAAUGGCUAUGGGUCUAUCAUCGAAAAAAGCAUCCUCUCGAAGCGUUGCCGUGGAGCGCAAAAAUCUCAUCACAGUUUGCAGGUUCUCUGUGAAGACGCUGCUGGAGAAGUACACGGCGGAGCCCAUCGACGACUCCUCCGAGGAGUUCAUCAAUUUCGCUGCCAUUCUGGAGCACAUCCUCAGCCACCGCUUCAAGGGGAGCUCUGCAGGUCCGGGCAGCUGGUUCAGCUACGAUGGACAGCGCAGUUUCUGGGACUUCAUCCGCCUGGCCUGCAGCAAGGUGCAGAACAACUGCAUCGGCAGCAUUGAGAACAUGGAGAACAUCAACACCUCACGGGCCAAGGGUCGAGCCUGGAUUCGAGUGGCCCUGAUGGAGAAGCGGCUGUCGGAGUACAUAGCCACAGCCCUCAGAGACACGCGGACAACUAGGAGGUGCUAUGAUGAUGGUGCCAUUAUGCUACGGGAAGAGGCCACUGUGCUGACAGGCAUGCUCAUCGGACUUGGUGCCAUAGACUUCAGUUUCUGUCUGAAGGGUGAGGUGUUGGAUGGAAAGUCUGUGGCAGUAAUCGACUACACGCCCUACCUGAAGUUCACUCAGAGCUACGACUACCUGAGCGAUGACGAGGAUCGGUGCAGCGUGGACAGCAGCACCAGCGACGACAGCGUCCCCGAGCACCCCUACAUCCCGCUGGUCACCGACGAGGAGAGCUGGAGCAACAAGUGCCGCAAGAUGGAGCAGAGGUUCAAGAUCGUCUAUGCCCAGAAGGGCUACCUGGAGGAGCUGGUGCGCCUGCGGGAGUCCCAGCUGAAGAACCUGGAGACGGAGAACAAGCGGCUGACCCUGCGGCUGGAGGAGCUGCGGCAGCAGAGCGAGCAGGAGAAGAAGGAGCUGGAGGGCAUCGUGCUGGAGCUGCAGGAGCAGCUGACGAACCUGAUCCCCUGCGAUUCUAACCACCUGGCUAAGGAUCUGUCCAUCCCGUUGGUCAACCAGUGGCCCUCGCUCCAGACCUUCAACAACCAGGAGGAUGUCAAGCUCUUCCGCAGGAGAAGCUUUCCUAGUGUGGAACAGCUCUCCACUGAGGUCAGUCUGGACUCUGAAUCCCACAAGGAAGGGAAGCAGAAUGGAGAAGCCUGGUGCACAACGGGAAAAGACUACACCCCCUCCAUGCUAGGCUUGUGUGGGUCUCUGGCCUCUCUACCCAGCUGCAAGUCCCUGGCCAGCCUCAAAUCCAGCGAGUGCCUGGUAAACAUCAGCACAGAGGCCAGCCCUGCCCUUUCUCCCAGCUAGGGGGCGCCAUCCCCCCAUCUUUGUACGAGGAGCCAGUGUGACGGCUCUGUGGUGCACGGCGCCCGCUCCUGACCGCAGUGUGGGCCUCUGUGCCUUCCUUGGCCUUGACCCUGCUAACCAACACCCACAACCAUCUCUACUCCAUCCCCCCUCCUCCCCCAAACAACCCCCCCCCCCCCCACAGACUAUUUUGUUGCACUGCAAGUAAGGUGGAAGACAACCCCCACAGAGAAGAGAAUGAAGGAUGCAGCGUGUCUUUCCCUGAGGAUUAUGUUUGUGUCAUUGUACGAUGAGUCGACAACAGCUGGGUCGUCCACAGCUUCAGUCCUCCUUCAGCCCCGCCCCACUACUUCCCUCAGACUCUGUUGGAUCUCUAGAAUAUAUCUGUUGGAAUUUUUCCAUGUAUAGAAUGUCAUUGGCGCUAUCAUACCAUUUCAUUCCAGAACUACAGAACUCACAAAAAAUGUAUUUCUGCCCUUCUCUCCACUUAUUUCGGUGUCCAGUUCUAUACCUGAUAUAUCUAUCUAUUUAUGUCUGUCUCUGUCUUCUCAGUCUAUCUAUAAUAUCUCUCUAUCUGUCCAUGGUAGGUAAAACAAAAAAAAAAAAAAGAGCCGGGACUGACAACUAUCAGGAUUUUCCUCUUAAAAACUGAAAGAGCAGGCUACUUUUGGCCUCUGACUCUCCGCCUGGGUUAGUGUCUUCGGUGUAUUUGAGUAGUAGCUAACAAAAUGGCUGCCAGAUGUGUGACCUGUGUGAUCUGUGAAUGCAUAUGAUUGUUGCGAUGUGUGUUGAUUUUUUCAAGCAUGGAACCUCUCUGCCCAUUAUUAAAGAUAAAAUUCCCAUAGGAAGUGGGGUUGGCAUUCAUUGCCCUGACUAAAAUGUCUGUAUGGAUGAACAUGUGGAUGUAUGUGUGCAAUUACUGAAAUUUUUCUGCUUUAUUUUUCACGAUUAUUGUUAAUGGUUUAAUUUAUAAAAUUGUUCACUGGUCUGCAUUUUGGUUUGUUUGUUUUUAAUUACAUAUAUUUUAAUGGCUAUGCUGGCUGUCACCUUACAUUGCAAUAAAACUGCCUUUUUGUCAUGUCCUUA